AUGGAUGAACUUAUUGGUAAUAUGAAGACUCAUGAACUCAAGAAGAAGCAAGGGGAAGAGAAGAAGAAAGAAAAAAAAGAAAUUUUAUCACUGAAUCCAUCAAAUUCUAAAUCAAGUGAGGAUGACACUAAUGUUUCCUAUUUGGAAAAAAGGAUUAUUGGAGCAAUGAAGAAAAUCAGUCAGUUUCAGAGAAGAGGAAGUAGCAGUAAAAUGGAGUCUAGAGGUGAAAAAGUAAAGAAGAAGGAGCAAGUCCCUAAAAAACCAAGAGAAAAGGUCGCAACUGAUUAUGUAGUGAAACAGGAUUUAGUUGUUUGGGGAGAUUCAUCUAGUGAAACUGAGAAGGGUGAAAAGCUUAAAGAUGUUUCUAUGCUAAGAGUGGAGGAUGAGAAUAUCACCUUUGACUACUUGUUUGCCCUUAUGGAAAACACAGAAGAUGAAGAAGAAAAUGAGAUAUAUGAAAUAGAGGAACAUUUCACUAAGUUGAAAUCUAAAAUUUUGAGUCUAAAGAAUCAACUAAAGAAAGUGGAUGAUUUUGAUGGUAAUGGGAAGAAAGAAGCCUCAAGGCUUCAAAUUGAAUUUGGAUAA